AUUCAAACGUUCCUAAGUCUCAGUCGUCGGCUCCUGUCUCCACCGUACGUGAAACGUAACAAACUUGGUCAAGUUGAUUGGGAUCAAACAAAGAGCAACAAACAAUAGCGCAGAGCUUCCUUAAAGAGAGAAAUGGGAAUUUCAAAACCAUCCCCUGCAUUUUCUUUUCUUUUGAUUUUCGCCUUAUAUUUCUCAUUCUACACCAUAACACCAACAAGUUCUUCAGCUUCCCUCCAAGAUCAAUUCAUCAACUGUCUCCAUCAAAACACACAUGUCUAUUUCCCACUCGAAAGCACGUUUUUUGCUCCUACAAAAAACGUUUCCAUGUUCAGCGAAGUCCUUCAGUCCACAGCUCAGAAUCUCCGGUACUUGACAAAGUCCAUGCCCAAACCGGGAUUCAUAUUCAAACCGCUCCACGAGUCUCACGUCCAGGCUUCCAUCAUCUGUUCCAAGAAACUCGGAACUCAUGUACGCGUCAGAAGCGGCGGUCACGACUACGAAGGCUUGUCUUAUGUCUCCGAGAUCGAAAAACCUUUUAUAGUGAUGGACCUGUCCAAGCUGAGAAAAGUCAACAUUAAUAUUAAAGACAACAGUGCUUGGGUUCAAGCUGGUGCUACAGUUGGUGAACUUUACUACAGGAUUGCAGAGAAGAGCAGAGUGCAUGGUUUUCCGGCAGGUUUGUGCUCCAGCUUAGGGAUAGGUGGGCACAUAACAGGCGGUGCAUACGGUUCCAUGAUGAGAAAAUACGGUCUCGGUGCAGAUAACGUUCUAGACGCAAAGAUCGUGGAUGCCAACGGCAAAAUACUCGACCGAAAAGCGAUGGGCGAGGAUACGUUUUGGGCUAUUCGAGGAGGCGCCGGAGGUAGUUUCGGGAUAAUUCUAGAAUGGAAGAUCAAGCUCGUUCCCGUUCCCAAGACCGUGACCGUCUUCACCGUCACCAAAACGUUACAACAAGACCCCGGCAACAAGAUUCUUUCGAAAUGGCAAACGGUCGCGGACAAGCUCGUCGAUGAGCUGUUCAUCCGAGUGAUAUUCAACGUAGCUGCAAGUAACGGAAGCAAGACUGCUACGACGUCGUAUAACGCCGUGUUUCUUGGCGGGAAAGACAUGCUGAUGAAAGUUAUGAACAAGAGCUUCCCUGAGCUAGGUCUAACGCCGAAAGAUUGUACGGAGAUGAGCUGGCUUGAGUCCAUUGUUUACAUCUCUGGAUUCGCGAGCCGCACUCCUACUAAGGUUCUGCUUCAAGGGAAGUCUCCUUUCCCGAAGAACAACUUCAAAGCCAAAUCAGAUUUCGUGAAGAAGCCUAUUCCAGAGUCAGGGCUCAAAGGGAUGUUCAAGAAGUUGCUUAAAGAAGAUAAUCCGAUGAUGAUAUGGAAUCCUUACGGAGGAAUGAUGGCGAAGAUCCCUGAAUCGCAGAUCCCUUUUCCGCAUAGAAAGGGAGUCAUCUUCAAGAUUCAGUACGUAACGAACUGGCCAGACAGCGACAGGAGAAUGAGCAAGCACAUCAACUGGAUCAGAGAUCUCUACAGUUUCAUGACUCCUUAUGUCUCUGCGAAUCCACGACAAGCGUACGUGAACUACCGUGAUCUAGACCUGGGACAGAACAGAAAGAACUAUGAGUCGAGCAUCAACCAAGCUCAAGUCUGGGGAGCUAGUUACUUCAAAGGAAAUUUCGAGAGGUUGGUGAAGAUUAAAACAAAGGUUGAUCCAAAUAAUUUCUUCAGACAUGAACAGAGUAUCCCACCUAUGCCGGUUCGAAACUGAAGCUCAAGAAUAUCAAAUUAGAAUAAAGUAGAAGAGAUCAGAUGAUGGUUCUUCUAUAUUUCGGAUAAAAUGUUUUAGCUUAUAAUAUUAAGGCAAGCAUGUAGUACUUUGUUUUUAACCUAAAAUUCGAAGCGUUGCUUCUUAUGAGUCAGACAAGUUGUUUUUAAUUAGUUCCCAGUUCCUUGAUCAACUUUACUACUCUAGAAUCGUAAUCGAAAGCUUGUUCUCGUU